CUGACAUGGCGAACGCAAAAGCGACGGCCAAGUUUUUUACGCACGGUACGUGCGAACAGUACGAACAAGUGCUGAAACUCUAUCCACAGGCGCUCAAACUGAAAGCGGACAACAAAGCGAAAAAGCCCGAAGAACUGAUUAAAUUGGACAAUUGGUAUCAAAAUGAACUACCGAAAAAAAUCAAAUCAAGAGGCAAAGAUGCGCACAUGAUCCACGAAGAACUAGUCCAAACGAUGAAAUGGAAACAGAACAGGGGCAAAUUUUACCCGCAGCUUAGUUACUUAGUCAAAGUCAAUACGCCCAGGAUGGUCAUACAGGAAACGAAAAAGGCUUUUAAGAAAUUACCGAACUUGGAAGGCGCAAUCACGGCGUUGAGCAACUUGAAAGGCGUCGGCACUACCAUGGCUAGCGCUCUUCUGGCUGCAGCAUGUCCAGAAACUGCUCCGUUUAUGGCGGACGAAUGCCUGAUGGCCAUUCCGGAUAUCGAGGGCAUCGAUUACACCACCAAAGAGUACCUGAAGUUCGUGCAGCACAUCGAAUCGGUGUCUCAGCGACUAAAUGCCGACGCCGGCUCCUCUACCAGAUGGUCGCCGCACAAAGUCGAACUGGCUAUAUGGACGCACUACGUCGUGUCAGACCUUAAACCUGAAUUGUUAGAUGAUGUUACAAUUGAAAACGGCAACACAAUCCCUCCGGCUCUGACUGCCUUACACCAAAACGGAGACUCCCUAGAUGCUGAUUCAACCAUCACCUCUGAUGAAAGUAAUUCAGCAGGUGGUGUACCAGCUCUGAAUGGUAAAUCCACAACGUCAGUGCCUGCCGGUGCCUUGGACGAAGACACCCGGGACACCACAACUUCGUUCGCUGAUACCGACAAUGGCAGUCCCUUAAUUUCGGCAGACGAUUUGGGCGAAAAUAGCGCCUCAGUGUCCAGUGUUAGCGAAUCAACCAAGGACUCAAUCCAGGAUGAAGAUUCAAAUAGUAUGAAUUACAAACGGUCGCUUGAUAGCAGCGCGGACGGGCCUCCUUCUGCUAAAAAAGCGCGGGACGAGGCCAAGUGACACAGCCUCAAUAGCAGAGCCCCCGUUUUCUAUGCGACGACUAAGUAAGGCUAGGAUUAUAUUUUAAAAAACAACCACUACAUACCUAUUUGUGAAGCAUAUUUGUGUACAGUACAGAUUCAGUGGUGCGCCGCGUUACCCUUUUCAAUUCGUGAAAGGGGUGGGUAUUAAACAAACAAAAAAAAUAAUAAAGACGUAUUUCUAGUUACAUAAUAUAAUAAUGCCUUUAGACAAACAAAUCUAUAAAACAAAACAGAGACAAAAGAGUGUUACCUUUUUUGAAUAAUGAAAUAGCAACAAUUUUGAUAGUCCCGUGUAUUAUCUAAGAUAUAAAUAUUUUUUUUCUUUUGUUGCUCUACUAUUUAUGUAUCUUGUAAUGAUUAAUUACUAAGGUUUAAAUUAUUUUGCAUAUAAUAUUAUUGUAUUUAAAAAUAUUAUUCGAUAAAGUCUUUUUAAAUCAAUUACUUUCUGUUUUACAAUGAUUAAUGAUGAUCAGUGCAGAAGACGGAAACAUUAUAUUGUUUAAAAUUAGUUCAUAUGUUCAUUCCUCUUGGAUUUUUGUAUGUUAUUUUUUAACUAAUAAAGAGUAUUAAAAAAUCA